AUGGAUGAGACGAUACCCGCAGCGGAGACAUCGGAUGAGUCCGUGCUCACGGAGGAGACCUCGGAGGAGUCAGUGCUCGUGGAGGAGUUGGUGCUCGUGGAGGAGACGGUCACCUCCAUCUCUUUCGCGUUCCCAUCUCUCCACACAGUGCCGAACCAUUUCUCUUUUGACCACCUCCCGUUUUGUGCAUCACAGCCACCGGAACGCGACCACGCCGACGACGCCCUGGAGCACGCACCGGUGCGCCGCCGCUUCAACCAUCGUCGUCGUCCGGCCAUUCUCAUCCACCUCAGAGAAAGCCGCUGCGCCAUUGUCAUCGCCUCAACCUCCUCUUCAAAACACCUCAAGAACCCCAGCCGAAAACAUCAAGAACACGGAGAACACAUCCUUUUCUUCACCGGCGCCAAUCUAGGAUCGCCUCCGCCGUCAUCGUCGAUUACCGCUGCCUCGCUCAUUGUCCCGUUCGAGCCGUCGUCGUUCACCCGAGGAGGAGCGCCGUCGCCGAGCCGUUCCACAAGUCACCGCUGCCGCCAAGACCUCGACAACCCUAGCUCGACCCACGAUAAUUGCAUAAUCGGUGAAGAAGUGGAUUAGGUGCUAACAAUUCUCUGAUCAAGG